AUGUCAUCAAGUGGAGGCUUAAAAAAGUUGAUUUUUGUCGUUGUGAUUGCAGCUGUUGCUGUACCAUUACGAUAUGGUUCAACAAAUCAUAAAUAUCUUUUAGUACGAUUGUUACACUCAACAUUAACACUCAAGAAUUGUUUCGUCGUCGAUCCAGGCCGACAAACACUCAGUCCAGCCUAUCGUGCUUUCGAAGAGAUGAUGAAAAUGAGUCCACCACAGUCCUUUGUCCAUUCAACAAAUCCCUUAGCGACGAUUCAAAGCGUACGUGCAAGUUUUUCCUUUAGUGACAUAAUUCCUGAGCCGUCUGGCUGUCAAAUGAUCAAAGAAACAUUUACACAUGAUGGUCGUACAGUAGAUGGCUAUUGGAUUGAUCAUCGUGAGAAAGAUUUACGAAAGCAGUCCGAGCAAAUUAUACUUUACUUUCAUGGUGGUGGUUAUAUGCUUGGUGACAUCAAUUUUUAUAGUGGAAUUGAAUGCCAUUUGUCUCGCCUAUUCAAUGUACCUAUUCUACAUCUGGAAUAUCGUCUCAUUCCAGAACAUCCCGUGCCAUCAGCUGUUGAAGAUGCAAUAACAAUUUAUCGCUCUCUUCUCACUCAGAAUGUAUCACCAUCUCGAAUCGUUAUCAUGGGGGAUUCAGCUGGAGGUGGAUUAGCUCUCUUAACAGUUCAAUCGCUAAUUAACCACAAAAUACCUGUCCCACGUGGUAUUGUCGCCAUAGCACCAUGGACUGAUUUCUCAGCGUCCGGUGAAAGUUAUACUCGUAAUCAACCGACAGAUGUGAUGCUAAGAACAGAUAAUACCAAAUGGCAGGCUAAAGUGAUCAUGGAUACUUAUGGAUCAAAAAUUUUACCAACCGAUCCAAUAGUGAGCCCUCUGUUUGGUUCAUUCAAAGGAUUUCCACCGCUGUAUGUGAAUGUCGGUACAGCUGACAUACUGGAAGACGAUGGAAGAGCAGUCGUAAAGAAAGCACAAGAAGCAGGUGUUGAAGUCAAGUUCGAAGCAGGUUUACAUAUGAUGCACGUUUAUCCACUGUUCUUUUCAUAUUUUCCUGAAGCGCGUGAUACACUCGACAAUAUUAACAAGUGGAUGCAGUCGAUAUAA